AGAGAGAGUAACAUGCCAGCAAAGGUGAAGCAUAUCCUCUCACAAGCCUGCCUGCCUGCCUGCCUGCCUGAGCCUUCCACCUCUCCCUCCUGCUUUGUACUUCUUCCUCACUUGUAAAGUUGAAAGCAACCACACCCUGUCUCUUUCCUUGCCAUCCAUCUCUCCCACCCUCCUCCCUUCCAAGUUUCUCUUCCCAUUCCUCAUCACAGUUGAAGUGAGCCCAAGGAAGAGCAACAGAACUGACCUAUAGCUCACUCAUUGGAGUUGCAGUACUAGAUCUCACAUCCUCAAUCCCAAAAAUCUCCUCUCCUCUCCUCUCUCUCUCUCUGUCUCUCACACAAAAAGUUCUGAUACAUUAUCCAACUUCAUUCUUGCAAUAAUUCUAGCUCAAGUCUCUCUAUGUCUAUCUCCAUCCCUGUGUCUAUAAACCAAUGUAUGUCAUGGUGCUAAGGUGAAAAUGCUCUUAACCUGCACGCAUUGUCCUACUUUUUCCCCUUCACAUUUAAUGUUCUCUAAUGGAAUCCAUGUUUGUAAUUGAAUGGUUGGAAAGCUCCGGAUCAGUCCUCUGCUCGUCUUCCGGUGCUGCAGUCGUCUGUGAGUGCGAACUAGUUUUCAGUUCAUAACCUUUUUGGCCUGGUUUCACCUCUUCCUCCUUCAUCCCCUGUUUUCUGUUUCUUUUACUUUUCCAAGACUUUUCUGCUGCUUGACCGCUUGAAGAUUGUGUCAAGAUGGCAUCUUUUUGAUCUGGGCAGUUGAUAUAGUAUGUAUUCGAUUUCUUUGUUUGCACUUUUGCAAGUUACCAGGAUGAGGUUUCUUUGAAAUGGACUGUUGGAUUUGCAAGUCCUAUCCUAGUUUUAUUUUUCAGUAUCGUCAUCUUCCUUUCUUCGUAGGCAUUGCAUAAAUCUCAUAAAAAAAAAAGGGGUCUUGAACUGGGGAGCAGUUGCUCUUGUUUUCAACUUCUUUAAUUUUUGUUGUUAAGCCCAGGUCUCUGGAUUAUGGUUUGCUUUAGUGGUUGUGAUUCUCUUGUUUACUUCUUUUGGAGAUUUUCUUAGUGGGAGGUGUUUUGGUAGCUGUUGCAUGUGAUGCUUUAGUGAGGGCUAGCGAGGGUAGUAGUUAGGAUUGGUUCAAACCUCAGAGGUGUGGGUGGGUGUAAGAGGAGAUAAAUAGUAGAGAGAAGGUGAUAGAAAGUAAGGUAAGUAUAAGAAAGAAAACUGUAUGUGUGUGUGUCUGUGAGAGAGAGAGAGAGAGAGAACAAGGAGAGUGUCAAAAGAAUUGAGAAGGAUUUGCUUUGAUGGAGUGGGAUUCCAAGAUUUCUUCUUGGGAUUUUUCAGAACUGGCGCAACAUGCUGAACCAAACAUAGGCUCAGUAGUGGGGCUGAGUGGUGGCCUAGGAAGCCAGAGUGGUGGAGUAGAAUGUUCAGUUGAUCUGAAACUUGGGGGAUUGGGGGAAUUCAGGCCAUCAGAAAGGUGGAAAGAGCAACCCAGGGUGUCGACAUUGGCGUCGUCGUCCUCCAGUUCAUCUAAAAGGGCUCGAGCUCCAAGCAGCGCUAUGCAGAAUGUGUCGUGCUUGGUUGAUGGAUGCAAAGCUGAUCUUAGUAAUUGCAGGGACUAUCAUAGGCGCCACAAGGUCUGCGAGGUCCACUCCAAGACUCCAAUGGUGAUGGUAGGCGGUCAAGAGCAGCGCUUCUGCCAGCAGUGCAGCAGAUUUCACUUGUUGGCGGAGUUUGAUGAGGUAAAACGAAGCUGUAGGAAACGCCUUGAUGGACACAACAGACGCCGAAGGAAGCCUCAGCCAGAAUCUAUAAAUUCUGGGAGCGUGUUCUCAAACCACCAUGGGACCAGGCUCUCAACAUAUCCACAAAUAUUCCCGACUGCUACACCAGAGACCACCUGGGCUGGGAUUGCUAAAUCUGAGGAAGAUGCACUGUAUGCCCAUCACCCUCCCCUGCAUUUCAUGGAUAGGCAGCACCAUGUCGGCUCGUUUUCCUGCAGCUUCAGAGAAGGGAAGCAGUUCCCCUUCUUGCAGGACGCUGAUGCUGCCUUCGGCAGUAGAGCGACGCUGAAGCCUUCUGUUUGUCAACCACUGCUCAGAACCAGUUCUUUGGCUGAAAGUUGCGGCAAUAAAUUCUUCUCUGAUGGAUUAACCCAAGUUCUUGACUCUGAUUGUGCUCUCUCUCUUCUGUCAUCACCAACUCAAGCUUCAGGUAUCAAUGUGGGCCAAAUGGUUUCAGAUGAUAGGAUACCAAUGGGUCAGCCUUUGGUUUCAACUAUUCAGUACAGUGGCCUCGGACGGUACCCUGGUUCCCAAGCUUCAAGCAGUGUUUCACCGGCGGGCUUCUCUUGUUCAGGGAUCGAGGAUGAGCACAUAGGUACUGUUUUGGUUUCUGAUGCUGGUGAGGCUGAACUUCACUGCCAGAGUAUAUUUCAUGUUGGGGGAGAAGGGCCCUCAACCUCUCAAGCUCUUCCCUUUUCUUGGCAGUAGAAAAACCCAUUGAACUUUGCCAUCCUGUUAUAACUCGGUUCCUGCCUCUGUUGCUGAGUUUUUUGUGGAUUCGGAAUGAUCUUUGUAGCAUGCAGUUAGGUUUAUAAAUAACAUUUCUGUUACGUUGCGACAUCUGACAUAGGACCUGGAUGAUUUGUGUAUUUUGUGAUGAAUGUAAUUAUCCCUGCAAUGCUUCUUACGAUGAAAGCUUUUCUUUGUUACUUCCAUUUGGGUUGUUAGAUUUGGUAUAGUAAUAUAAUCUUUUUACG